CUCUCCCCCGGGCAGCCUGUCGGUGCUCCGGGCGGACCGCGGCGCAGCCCCGGGCGGGGAGCACGCGCCGGGGAGCCCUUCUGCGCCACGCGGGGCGGGGCGUAGUAGCGCGGGGAGACCCCCCUGCCUGCGGGCUUUGCCGACUCCCGCUCCAGGGCCGCUGAGCUUCUCCGAGACAACCGCGUCCUCUGCUCACCUCCUCGGCGUGGCCGCACCACUCGAGAGCCCCGCGCCCAAGUCCAGGCUGCGCCUGGGGGCGCCGGCGCCCUGCGGCGGGGGGACCGCCGGCCUGCCCGGGCGCGGCCAGCCGUGCGGGCGCCGACCGGCCGCCAGGAGGAGCAGCGCGCCUGGCGGAGCCCUUCUUUCACGUUUUAAAGCAGGCUUGAGAUCCGCUCGCCAGACUUCGUCUGGGCCAUCUUCGCUCGCGUUCCUGUGUGGCAGCCCCACUCAUCAGCCCAGGCGUGGCGGCGCCGCCUCGUACCCUCUUCUGAUCCGUUAGGGUCCCGAGGCCCUUCAGGUCCCCGUGUACAUCUCCGGAGAGUGCGCCCCCAGGAAUGCCCCCUGAAGAAAUGAAACUUGUAGACUACAGCAGACCGUCGCCUUGCCCCUCACCCCCAGCCCUGACUCGGGACAACCGGAGACCGCACAUGCAGCGCAGUACGCCUCCCAACGCGGCCGCCCCCAGCCCCUGAAGACGCACCGCAGCCACCCGCUGGAGGUGAUGCGGCCCAGUCCCGGCACCUCACAGCCUGGACAAGGCCACCUCUCAGGCCCCGCCGGCGCUGAGGGCCAGCGAGCCUCAGACACACGCAGGCCAGCGCCGCUGCCUCCUCGCGUGCCCGAUGUGCAGCCCAGCACCAAGCCUCUCUAUGCAAGCAGAGGCAGAGAAGGCCAAGUGAGCCACGCAGCCAACAACGCCCGCAGCAGUCUGCUCUGUUCUCACCUCUCGCCCCCAAGUGCGGUCCCAGUGCCCAUAUCUGAGUGAUAUUCCUCCAUGACUCAGCUAAACAGCCGUCCAGAUAGUUCCUUAAUCAAACAACACUGCCUUCUUGAGUUUACAUUUUAUUUUACAAAAAGAGAAAUAAAGAAAACUGAUAGGCAGUUAUACUGACUUACAAUUGUUCUGUUUGCUUUUUUAAAAAAGUGACAUGAAACACAAGUAAAAAUAAAUACGUCAUAGAAACAGCCAGUUGCCCAGUCUCUGGGGCAGAAGCGCCUGCCCUGCUGAGAGAAGGGAAGCCCAUGAUCACACCAGCAGCUGGGUCACCCAGCCACGGAUGCUUCUCUAAGCCAGGCGCAGGUCCCAGGCCUCAGGGGCGUCCUGAGGAAAGAAGACAGAAAACCAAAGCCAGGUACCAGGGCCUUAGGGCCACCUCAUCUCCCUCCACCCCCCUGGCAGCAGUGUGGCCUUAGUGGUUAUCCAUCGUGAGACCCCCUCAACCCACCUGGACCCUCUCCCCAUAAUCCCUCUGAAGAGGGUACAGGGAAAAAAAUCUGUCUUGGGAAGGCUUGGGGGAUUUUUCUGGUGAGUCCCCAGCCCACCCUGAGUAACACAACCAGAUAACAGUCACUUUACAUCCAGGUGCACAUGAGCACACACACUCACACACUCACACAGCUGGGCUGAGCUCUCUUCCGGGGAGAGUCCUGGGUUAGGUCACAGUAUGAAGUCCCCCUCUCAUCUGAAUACCAUCCCAGUAGUGGGAGCAGACUACCCAAACUGCGCCCCCCACCCCAGCCCUCUGCAUUGCAGACCGAAGCCUACCUGGCUACCUCUCCCCACCACACUACAUGACUGCACACCCAGGAUACUGCAAGAGGGAAAAGGCGCAGACUUGGGUCCCUGAAGAGCAAAGAAGGUGGAACUGCCUGCCGAAAUUCAUCGUGGUAAGACUCGGGUAUUCUUAAAAGGCUGAGGGCCAAGCUAGUGGCACAGAGCAGACACCGAGGGGUCACAGUGGAAUACACAAGGCAGAGAGAAGAGUUGGCAGGAGGGAAACUGAGUCUAGGGUGAGCAACGGAGAGUGCAGUAUUCUCAACUAGGCCUUGAGGUGCUGGUUCCCAGGGCACAGGAAGCAGGGGGCAGAAAGUCUCCUGGGAGCUCUUGAGGGGGUUUGACCUCUCAGGGACUUUGGCAGGGGAAGAGCCACUUAGCUGAGUGAAGGCCAUGGCUCAGAAGGAAGCGUGUGGUCAUCAGAGAAACCAAAAGGAACUUGAGAAGCAGGAGGUCACAUCACAGAAAUGUAGAGUAAGGAAUGUAAAGCCCCAGAGGACCUUCCACACGGGACGAAGACUCAGUUCCAGGGGGAUGGGCGCCCACCUUAAACAGAGGACAGAGGGCCUUCCUCUGUAGACAGCUAGCUACUGACAGUCCCGCCCAGAUGGCUGAAAUUUGGUUGUGUUUCAACUAAUCAGCAAAACUUAUUGCAGCUCUUUGCUUCAUGCUCCUGGAAAUGGGGUUUUCAUAGUUGUGAAUCAUGAAUAUAGAGCUUACAAAUUAGUUCCCAGGGAAAAAGUUCCGAGGGUCAGGAAAGUUUGUGAGUCAGGGCGUGAGACAAAUGCUGUGUAGCACAAGUCAAAGGGAUAAAGGCUUCACUAACUUCCAAUCUUCAGAAAAAGAUCUGAUCCAACAGAAUCCACUCACUUCCUUUUUUACAUAGCUAGCCAGCAGUCUAUCCACACAGACACUAAGGGUACCAAGCAUCACUACCUAUGACAAUCUCGCAUCAUUUAGUAAUGUGCUCCCCAGGAGAAGAACUUAGGCUACCCCAGAUGUAUGGAACUUGAGACCCCAUUGACAACACACCACAGAAGACAACAGCAAGGGCAAAUGCCCAGGCUUGACCUUCUGUCUUCCCCAGGCCAUCAGCAUCCCUGUCUCUCAGGCUUGGAUGGUAAGAAGCAGAACCACCACCAAGUGUUUCUGAUCAAAGAAAUUAAAACAAGGCGCUCAAGUUCUGACAUUUCCUGCCUCCCUUCCAUGUUUUUUGUGCUUGCAGGGUUUCCCACCAGCAUACAUAAAGAGAACAGCAGAAUCAGUAUGUUCUCAGGUUCAUUUAAAAAAAAAAAAAAAAAAAAUGGAACUGGCUGUUCUUCAGUUCCCCAUUAUCUUACCUGUACCCCUACAUAGCAGGAGCUGCACACAACCAGAGAAAGCCUUUGUUAGCCAGGUCAGCCUCCCAGAAUGACAGCCUCUGCUGAAGGGAAGACAGGCCCUGGAGCCACCGGGCAGGUGGCACAGAAGUGCUGCUCUUAGAACCCCCAUUUACUUUCUGGCAACAUCGAAAGCCUGUCCUCUAGUAACCAGUUUCAAUUUCCUGCUGAAAUGGUUUCUGGAUCCUCAGAGACCACUGCACUGAUUUCCUGUUGCUGAACAUAGAAUUAUCUUUCUUCAGAGUAUACCACACACACACACGCACGUGUGACACACACACACACACACACACA